AUGUCCGGCGCGACAUCUGUUGUGGAAGUCGAGAGUGUUCUCGAGGAACACGAGAAAGGCUUCAAGGCUUUUCGCGCCCAUGGCAAGAACGCCCGAGCCAUCAUAGCACCAAUCUUUGCCUUCACGAAGCUGUUUGUCGAUGUUGGUGGCGAAGCAGCUUCGGCUUCGGGUGUGGUGCCCGGUGGCAAGGCUAUUUUUGCGGCAGCCGAGAAUGUUAGUCAGCACUUCAAUGAGCUCGAGGGACUUCUCUCGUGGCUUGGAGAGGUCCUCGGUCGCCUUCACAAUCACUUGCAAUCACAUACGGUGCUCAACGUCGAGCUGGGAGACAUCUUCGUCCGCGCGCUCAUCCAGCUGCUCAACGUGCUCGCCAUCUGUACAAAAUAUGUCAGGAAGCAGGUGUCAUGGCGUAGCACAAUUUUUAGGCGUACAAAGGGCUACGGUCGAACUCUCCUUGGGCACAAGGAUGUAGAAGAUGCCCUCAAGAAGCUUGACGAGCUGACGAGAGAGGAGCUUUUAGCCAAUACAUCUCUAACACUUGACAUGGUGCAAGGCACAGAUGCCAAGGUUGAGCUGGUCAGCGACAAUGUUGUAAAACUGGGCAACGGCAUUAAGGCUGUGAGCGAUGAUCUGCGAGGCAUUGUUACCCUGCAGCGUAAGGAUGGCUUCUCCACAUACCCAUUCCAGUUUAACUAG